AGGCUCUUUAAACCAAGUGCGGUUGCGGCGCGCCAAUGAGUCAUGGCGGCUUCCAAGUGCUCACGCCUGAAUGGGGAGCUCUCCCGGCGCUUCCUCGCCUCGGUGGACACGGUUCUUUUCGAUUGUGACGGGGUGUUAUGGCGGGGGGAUGAGGCAAUCCCCGGGGCGCCCGAUUUGAUUAACGGGCUGAAAAGGGCAAAUAAACGCGUGUUUUUUCUCACUAAUAACAGUACCAAGACCCGCUCCAUGUAUGCGGAGAAGCUGGGGCGCCUGGGGUUCAAGGCAGAGCCGGAGGAAGUGUUCGGAACCGCGUACUGCACGGCGAUCUACCUGCGGGACAUCGCCCGACUCAAGGGCAAAGUGUAUCUGAUUGGGGGGCGGGCACUGAGCGAGGAAUUCGGGGCUGCGGGGAUCCCCCAUCUGGGCUGCGGAGCUGAUCAUGUGACCGGCACCCAGAAAGACUGGGCUUCGGUACAGGGGGACUCCGAUGUGAAGGCUGUGGUGGUUGGGUUCGAUGAGCAUUUCAGUUACAUGAAACUGAACCGGGCUCUUCAGUACCUCCAGGAUCCAUCCUGCCUCUUUAUCGCCACCAACACCGAUACCAGGCUGCCCCUGGAGGGGGGGAGAGCCAUACCAGGGACCGGUUGCCUGGUACGAGCUGUGGAGACGGCUGCUCACCGCAAAGCUCAAGUCAUUGGGAAACCCAGCUCCUUCCUCUAUGAUUGUGUCGUCAAGGACUGCGGACUGGACCCAGCUAGGACUGUGAUGGUGGGAGACCGCCUGGACACGGAUAUCCAGAUGGGUUCCACUUGUGGCAUCCGUACCCUCCUCACACUGACUGGUUUCUCCAGCCUGGAGGAUGCAAAGUCUUAUCAGGAUAGUGGGGCCCUCUCUAUGGUUCCUGAUUACUAUGUGAACUCUGUUGCCGACCUGCUGCCGGCAUUGUCUGAAGAACGCCAGUGAGCGAGUAUGGCUCCCAUAGCACCCACAUGGAACCUCAUUGACCCUCAGCUCAUUGCACUGAUCUCUUCUUCAGGUCUCUCAGUAGAUAAACGUCCCGCCUGUAUUUCUAUAACCAAUGGCUUUGGGGGGCCUGCGCUUAUUGGAAGGACUUAUUGGUGUAGGAUACCUUCCAGUAUUACUGAUGGACCUAUAUUUUAGCUCCGAAGGUUAUGGUUGUGGGCAUUAUUUUUAAUUUGCAGACUGUAUCUGAUAUAAUUAACCCCUUAGAGCCUGAGACAGGCUACGUCUGACUGAACUACAACUCCUCAUCCUUUUUUUUUUUUUUAAAUAUCUCUUUAUUGAUUUUCCAAAAGGGGGAACAGUAGAGAAAAGGGGGAAUACAAAGAUAGCGGAAGAAGGAUUUGCAAUAAGUGCCGCUACAAAAUCCUGACUCCCAUCUACUUUUACCAGCCAAUGAGAGCUAGUGUUCAACAGGAACAUCUAUUAUUAUUAUUAUUGCAUAAUUUGGGCCUUUAAUCUGUUUACUCCCAUUUCUUUUAGCUUCCCCUUAACGGUAUAUCUUUCAUGCCGAGAGGCUGGUCGGACAGAUUCUCAGUAUUAGACUGUUGUACAUUACUUAUAUAUGCAAUGAGUCCUGUCCUUCUGCCAUCUCAUUAUGGGAUAUCCAGGAAAGGGAAGCCCAGAUAAAUGAAGGUACAUCAUAUUAAAAGACUUGUGCUCCUUUCUCAGGUCGUUGGUACUUUGAGAGGCCCAUAGUUUAUGAUGGGACCUUUGUAGGUGCUCAUAAAGGCACAGAUAUAUAUUUAUAAGUUGAAUAUGAAAACCAUAUCUCUCAUAUGUAAUAAAAGGCACUAAUUUUGCCCAGUAGCAGUAACCCAUAGCAACCAAUAAGAUGUUUCCUUUUAAACAGGUAACCAGUAAAUUGCAGCUGCUUAUUGGUUGCCAUGGGUUAUUGCUCCUGGGCAGACCUUAGUGCUUUUUAUUACAUAACCCCUACAUUUCCUAUUACCCCAGUCUAGUCCCGGGUUUUACAUAAGAGCUCUUAGGUGCUAUAUUUAUUUCUUUCCAAUUGGCUUCCGCUGCUGAAGACAGAUUGGCUGCCCGCAGAAUUCUGAAACAUGAGAAGUGGGACUGUCUGCUGCUAUGUCUAUGGGAAGGUUAAACAUAAUGAUGCAUCUCUAUUGUAAAGUAGCAGCCCACUAAGUGAAUAGAUCUCUAAUACCGUGGGCAACUAACCACUCCAAAAUGCCUAAAUAGAAGUCGCUGGUGGAAAGGCCUCCACAUCGCUUCGGCUUUCCAAAGUCAUGCAAAGUUCUUGCUCUGUUGGAUAUUAGACUAACGGUCCUAGUGGGGUUCAUUCAGACCUGGGCAGUCACGCAUCAUCAGUGGUUAACUUUUAUAGCCAGCUACAUGUAUAACAAUGAAAGCAAAUGGGAUUGGUUGCCAUGGGUGACUGCCUAGGUGCAAAGAUGCCGGGUGUUUUAUAAAUGACCUCCAGUGCGUUGUUUUUAGUGUCUAUAACCCCUGUUGGCCACUAGGGAGCAGCAGCAUUCAGCAAAAGAUAGUGCUGCCAAGAUUCUGACUCUAAUAAUUUAGAUUAACAUAGGAAGGCCAAAUCAAUUUGUUUUUUAUUUUUUUUUUCUCUGUAAUAAUAAAACAAUACCCCAACUGAGCUACAUUAA